AUGUCUACGGAACCCGUGAACGAAUACACAACCCGAGCAUGGCUCGUAAUUUUCGGCGCAUUUACAUGUCUCUUCUGCACAGUGGGGUUUUUGAAUUCUUUCGGCGUGUUUGAAGAUUACUAUGCGACAGCCCAACUAGCCCAUGAAUCGCAGUCAACGAUUGGAUGGCUCGGAGCCAUGGCCAUUUUCUUCCUUUUCUUAAUUUCGACAGUCGCCGGUGCGAUGCUCGACAUUUUCGGGCCGAAGCUCAUGAUAUGGACAGGAUCGGUCGGGACGGUGUUCGCUAUCAUGAUGACCUCGCUCUGCACGGAGUUCUACCAGUUUCUGCUCGCACAGGGUAUUCUUCUCGGAAUUUCUAUGGCCUUGGCUACGUGGCCAGCACUCGCGCUUGUCGGACAGUACAUCAAGAAGAAGCGGGCUGCGGCGAUGGGCAUCGUGCUCGCAGGAUCGUCGCUUGGUGGGAUUAUCUGGCCGGUUGCGAUCGAUCAAUUGCUUAAACACAAAGAUAUUGGAUUUCCUUGGACGAUGCGGAUCGUGGGAUUCAUUAUGAUUCCGUUGUUUGCCUUCUCAUGCGUUGUGUGCAAAUCACCCCCGAAGAUUCAGGUUCCCAUGGACUGUGAUCCGGAGAGAGAAACAACAGGCAAAGAUAUGAGUGGCGAGCCUACCCCAGAGAAGAAGGUUGAUCACAAGAAAGAGGCAAUCGUACUCUUCCGACAGCCAUCCAUGCAACUGCUAUGUCUUGCCAUGUUCAUCACAUACUUUGGCAUGUUCGCUCCUUUUUUUAUACGACUUGAGAAGGGAUUUUCGACGACAUUAGCAUUCUACACCGUCUCUAUCGUCAAUGGAGCCUCGUUUUUUGGCCGCAUCAUUCCUGGAAUACUAGCUGACAAGUUUGGGCGAUUCAAUUGCUGCAUUGUGUCCACCUUGUCGGCAGGGGUAAUUGCUUUCUGUUGGACGAGUGUGGACUCCAUCGCUGGGUUGGUGAUUUGGUGUGCUGCUUAUGGUUUCGCAUCGGGAGGCAUUCUGUCGCUCCAGCAAGCUUGUGCCGCGCAGGUGGCUACACCUUCUACAUUUGGUCUCGCUAUCGGUGGUGUAGCUGGGUCUACCGCGUUUUCUGCCAUGGCCAAUGUUCCAAUCAGCGGCGCCCUGGUUGAAAAGUACGGAUAUUUGUCUUUGUCUAUAUUUUCCGGCGUAGCACUGCUCCUGGGCGGUACCCUACUCAUCUUUGCUCGCUUGGCACAAAACAGAAAGCUCUAUGCAAUCACUUAG